UUGGACCUCGCUCGUUUGUGAAGCCGGCCGCCCGCAAAAAUCUUUGAGUUUCACGCGUUCGCGCGGCUUCACGUAUUCCGUAAACGGUUUACGUGACUUCACGGCGAAUCUCCAGAUCCUGUGCGGUCAAUUCAAUCAAGAUUCGGGUCCGGAAUGCAUUAGGUGUACUUUUUUCCUCGCACAUUCGUAAUUGGGUGAGUGGAGGAGAUAAAGUAACUAGCCCUUAUAAAUUUUUGAUAGACAACGGUGAGAGCAUAGCAAUCGACAAAACAAAUAGUAACAGCCAUAUAUUGAAGAGAAUGGCAUAUCCUAGUAGAGCACGAAUUUAUGCUGAAGUGAAUGCACACAAAUCUAGAGACUACUGGGACUAUGAAUCCUACGUUGUUGAUUGGGGGCAGCAAGAUGAUUACCAGUUAGUGAGAAAAUUAGGCAGAGGAAAAUAUAGCGAAGUAUUCGAAGCUGUUAACAUCACAAAUAAUGAAAAAUGUGUUGUAAAAAUUUUAAAGCCCGUAAAAAAGAAGAAGAUAAAAAGAGAGAUUAAAAUCUUAGAAAAUCUUAAAGGAGGGACCAACGUAAUUACACUCCAAGCAGUGGUUAAAGAUCCAGUAUCGAGAACACCGGCACUGAUCUUUGAACAUGUCAACAACACAGAUUUCAAGCAAUUAUACCAGACACUAACAGACUACGACAUAAGAUACUACCUCUACGAGUUAUUAAAAGCAUUGGAUUAUUGUCACAGUAUGGGAAUAAUGCAUAGGGACGUCAAGCCGCACAACGUUAUGAUAGAUCACGAAAAUCGGAAGCUGCGGUUAAUCGAUUGGGGUCUAGCAGAAUUUUAUCAUCCUGGUCAAGAGUACAAUGUACGGGUAGCUUCACGUUAUUUUAAGGGUCCGGAACUACUCGUGGAUUAUCAGAUGUACGAUUAUUCAUUAGAUAUGUGGUCUCUUGGAUGCAUGCUUGCGAGUAUGAUAUUCAGGAAAGAACCGUUUUUUCACGGACACGACAAUUAUGACCAACUAGUUAGAAUUGCAAAGGUUCUUGGAACCGAAGAACUGUUUGAAUACCUUGACAAGUAUCACAUCGGAUUGGAUCCCCGUUUCAAUGACAUACUAGGCCGACAUUCGCGCAAACGUUGGGAACGUUUUAUGCAUUCGGAAAAUCAACAUUUGGUGUCGGCCGAAAGCCUGGAUUUCCUUGACAAACUUUUGCGCUAUGACCACUAUGAGAGACUCACUGCACGCGAAGCUAUGGAGCAUCCCUAUUUUUACCCGAUAGUAAAAGAUCAAGGUCGAUUAAUGGUAUCAUCGUCACCUACUCCCAUGACAGGUUCGUUGCCUGUAGGUAUUGAUAGCUCGCGCGAGGGGCUUGAUCCCAUCCCUAGACGUGACUGUGAGCAGCGUACCGGUUCAUGGAACGAACGGAUCGAGAAAUGUGAGAGAAGAUGGAAAUGGGACUCGGGAAGCUACAAAGUAUUCGUCGCGUCCAUAGCAUCCUUUACAUACGAUUUCGGACGUUUGACCCGUUACACGUUACCACCUGACCCUUCCAUUUCAGCCGUGUUCGCAGACUUAAGAAGACGAAAUGAACUUUACACAAGGGUGGACCACAGUUUACGCGAAUGCCAAUUAUAUUUCGAUACGAUACAGAAAGUUCGACAUUCUAGACAUUCCUUGUUCUUCAGCCUGGGAAUUACUUGAAAAACAAAAAAAAACAAAAAAAAAAAUAACAAAAAAAUAAUAAAAGUUGAGCAUCUAUUCGAGAUCAAAAAUAUAUACCCCGUAUGGUUUAAAUAAGUCUUGACGGCAGCAGCGAGAAGUGGGAAGCAAUCGAUGGUGUUAUAUGAUGAGAAAGCAUUGUCAAGUGUUUUUAGGCGAAUGUUUUUCGGAACGUAAAAGCCUACGGUAUUGUACACGAUUCAGGAAACUUAUCAGAUUGAAGAGUAUACGUGCGAUCCGUCCAUAUUGGUCGGUCUGCAUGUUUCGUCGUCGUCGUCGUCGUCGUCGUUUAUACCUUGACCAUUGCUUGUCUCCGUUUUGUAAUUUCUAACAUACCCCGAGAUAUUAUCCUUUUACUGGCGCUGCUACUAAUGUCACGACCGUGGGAAACCCGUCAAUGAUUACGAGUACGAUUACGAUUAUUAGUUUAUAUUUUGUCACCCGGAGAAUGAUCGUAAUUACGCGAGACAUCAUGGUAAAAAGGACUAUGCAAAGGAAAAAAAAAAACCCCCUCGCAUCUUUGCAUCCGAAUACGUGCACGUACGUUUACGCGCACGCUCGCGCUUCACGAACUACAUAUACACACACACACACACACACAUGAAUACACAGGUACGCGCGCGUACACGUACAUUCAUACACGUAUACGUU